CCAUAAACAAGACUAUCCAACAAGCCUUAGGCAUGAAAAUGGCUGUUCUAGCACUACCGUCGCUCUCAUUUUCAGGCCUUCGCCCCGCAAACCCUAAACCAACAAAAACUACUAUUACACAAAAGCAACAAGAAUCAGUAAUUUAUGCUAGAAAUAUUAGGUUACCACAUAAUUCCCUAGAUUAUGGCGUCAAAAGAAAAGUCGGAAAUGACACAACGAAAAUACCAAUUGUGAAUAGAGCACCAGAGUACGAAAAAGACCAAAACUUUGGGAAGAUUUUGCUGCCUGAUGUGGUGGUGAAGAGAAGGAAUGUAUUUUGGAGUAGAAAGUGGAAUUUUUGGGAUGUGUUCUCCCUGGGUUGGAUAGUUUCAAUACAUUUGCUAUGCCUUUUUGCUCCCUUUACGUUCAACUGGGGCGCUUUUUGGGUAGCAAUUGCAUUAUAUAUAGUCACUUGCCUUCUUGGUAUCACUCUUUCUUAUCACAGGCAUCUUUCUCACAGGAGUUUUAAAAUUCCCAAAUGGCUUGAGUAUUUUUUCGCAUAUUGUGGCGUUCUAGCCGGUCAGAGGGACCCAAUUUUUUGGGUAAGCACGCAUCGGUACCAUCAUCAGUUUUGUGAUUCUGAAAAAGAUCCACAUAGCCCUAUUGGAGGAUUCUGGUUUAGUCACACGUGUUGGAUCUUUGACACAAGCUCUAUUGUGGAAAGGUGUGGAGAACCCGACAAUGUUGGAGAUUUAGAGAAGCAACCCUUCUAUAAAUUUAUUCAAAGUACCUAUAUAAUCCAUCUAGUUGCACCUGGAGCACUAUUAUACUCAUUGGGAGGACUUCCAUACUUUGUUUGGGGACUUGGUGUGAGAUUGGCGUUCGUGUACCAUAUUACUUGGCUAGUAAAUUCAGCUUGCCAUGUUUGGGGGAAGCAGGCAUGGAAUACGGGUGAUUUUUCCAAAAAUAACUGGUGGGUUGCUGUGCUUUCAUUUGGGGAGGGUUGGCAUAAUAACCACCAUGCCUUUCAAUAUUCUGCUAGACAGGGGCUAGAAUGGUGGCAGAUUGAUAUGACUUGGUAUGUUAUAAGGUUUCUUGAAGCAAUUGGAUUGGCAACUGAUGUGAAGCUUCCAACAUCUGCUCAAAAGCAAAGGAUGGCUUUGACCACUGAGGGUAAUUAGUGAUGAAGACACUAAUAUUGUGGAAAUAUGAAAAUCCAGAUGGUUGGUGGUGCAAUAAAAAACAUGUUCUGGUAGUGCAAGGUUUGGAUUUUAUGUUGCAACGUACUGUUUAGGUGUGCACAGGGCCAAUCUUAAAUUUUGGGAGCCAUGUGGCUGUGUUACAAUUUAAAGUGGUGUCCCCUUCAUGUAAUUUAAAUUAAAAAAAAAAAAUUAUUGGCACCAGUAAAAGAAAAAAUGGUGCCUUUUUCAUGUAACAAAAACUUACCCUUCUAUAAAAAAAAAUCACGAAAUAUCAAUUAACAAGUGGAUAAUCAGCACCAAUAAAUAGGUGUAUAUGUAGUUUUGUACUAUUGUAGAGCAAUCAAAAAAUAUUAACGGUAAAAAAAUUUCUAUUCUCUUUU